GCCAGGAGGGGCGCAUGGAGGCGCGCGGGGAGCGCGGCGCUGCGCGGGACGCGGCGGGCGGGGACCUGCUGCUGGCACUGCUGGCGCGGCGCGAGGACCUGCGGCGAGAGAUCCCGUUGUGCGCCGGCUGCGACCAGCACAUCCUGGACCGCUUCAUCCUCAAGGCGCUGGACCGACACUGGCACAGCAAAUGCCUCAAAUGCAGCGACUGCCACACGCCGCUGGCCGAGCGCUGCUUCAGCCGCGGGGAGAGCGUCUACUGCAAGGACGACUUCUUCAAGCGCUUCGGGACCAAGUGUGCCGCAUGCCAGCUGGGCAUCCCGCCCACGCAGGUGGUGCGCCGCGCCCAGGACUUCGUGUACCACCUGCACUGCUUCUCCUGCGUCGUGUGCAAGCGACAGCUGGCCACGGGCGACGAGUUCUACCUCAUGGAGGACAGCCGGCUGGUGUGCAAGGCCGACUACGAGACGGCCAAGCAGCGAGAGGCCGAGGCCACCGCCAAGCGGCCGCGCACGACCAUCACGGCCAAGCAGCUGGAGACGCUGAAGAGCGCGUACAACACGUCGCCCAAGCCCGCGCGCCACGUGCGCGAGCAGCUCUCGUCCGAGACCGGCCUGGACAUGCGGGUCGUGCAGGUGUGGUUCCAGAACCGCCGGGCCAAGGAGAAGAGGCUGAAGAAGGACGCGGGCCGGCAGCGCUGGGGUCAGUACUUCCGCAGCAUGAAGCGCUCCCGGGCCGGCGCGCGGCCCGGCAAGGACAGCGUCCAGGACGAAGCGCCCGACAGCGACGCCGAGGUCUCCUUCACCGACGAGCCACCCGUGGCUGACAUGGGCCCCGCCAAUGGCCUCUACGGUGGCCUGGGGGAGCCCACCCCGGGCCUGGGCCGGCCCGCAGGAGCCCCCGGCAGCUUCCCGCUGGAGCACGGCGGCCUGGCCGGCCCCGAGCAGUACCGUGAGCUGCGCCCGGGCAGCCCCUUCGGCGUGGCCCCCUCCCCGGUUCUGCCCAGCCUGGCUGGCCCCCAGCCCCUGCUCUCCAGCCUGGUGUACCCCGAUGCCAGCCUGGGUCUCGUGCCCGCCGGGGCCUCCGGGGCGCCCCCGCCCCUGCGGGCACUGACUGGGAACGGGCCCAGCUCCGACCUGUCCACGGGGAGCAGCGGGGGCUACCCCGACUUCCCAGCCAGCCCUGCCUCCUGGCUGGACGAGGUGGAGCACGCCCAGUUCUGA